CUGCCAGAGGACAAACACGACAAGCAGCUCUUAAAAUAAGGGACAAGAGACAUCCCGUACGAUGGAUAAAUAUACGGGAUGUCCCGGUGUUCUGUCAGUUUAGCUUACAUUGUCAGAUCAGCAUACGCAUAGAGAGCAAACUGACGACUGCACCUAACCCUAACCCGCAUGCGCAUUAACGUAAUGUAUGCUACUCUGAUGUGUAUGCUAAACUGCCAGAACACCGGCUAAUACGGGACAGUUGGCAACCCUAAUUAGAAUAUCGGUUACAACCGAGUUACAACGUCGGUUGUAAAGGUCUAACAAAACUAAUCACGCUUAACGGGAUGUAUUUUGGAAAGGUUCUUGUUUCGUUGAGAUGGCUCUUUCCUCGUUAUUACUUUGACUGAUGUUUAGGUGUGUGUGUGCACACCUAAGCUUUUCGUGUAUGUUUGUUAGUACUUGGUCCCCUGGCUGUACAGUUUAUGUGCUGUAUGUUUUGUUCAAUUGUUUAGUAAAAAAAAAAAAAAACUAAUCACGCUUACGUCAUUAACGUGCGACAGCAUGUCGUUGUCGUAAGACCCUCCAACGUGCUUCUGUGUGGCUGCCAAACUUAAAGUCACAUUUAAAUAAGAGUGUUCACUGCUGUGAGUUGAUUACAACGCUUUAUACUGACUGAAAAGUUAUUCUGGUCAGGUCGGACAUGUCUUGUUUUCGUGGGGAUCCCAACUUCUGUUCCGAAUGUGGAAACGUUCUUCCGCUGCCAGGAAACUCCGACACAGUCCGCUGCCCCCGCUGCUCCUUCUCCAUCCCUGUGACAGAGUUUUCCGGCCAGGAGAUAAAGUCAGAAGUUGUCUUCAAUCCCAUGGAGCUGUCGUCAGUGGCUCUGAAGGAUGAGGAGGGAUCUGAGCUGAAGGGGGCUUUGAUUGACAGGCGCUGCUCACGUUGCAACAAAGAGGGGAUGAUCUACCACACCAGGCAGAUGAGAUCUGCAGAUGAGGGACAGACUGUCUUCUUCACCUGCAUACACUGCAGGUAUCAGGAGAAGGAGGACUCCUGAGACUGACCCUCUCCAAACAUCUGCUGACUCAGCUGAUGCACACGCCCCUCGCCUCCUGCUGUUGAUGGUUAGAUGGCAGGAUCUCUGUCAUUCAGGGUCCACACUCUUGAUUUCCUCUGGAGCUUUCAGCUGUGCCCAGCAGCCUUCGGUGGACAGUGUUCUCUCCAUCUUCCUGGAAAGUUGUGCUGCAUCAUGAGAGAUGGCUGAAAGCAAGAGAAAAAUUCAAAACAGAAUGAACUUUAUUUAAGAUGUUAUGUUUGUGCAAUGGUGUUUCUAAUAAAAACUGGAGAAUAAUUCAGUGUUCAGUUAUGCUAUUGAAUAUAUAUAUAUAUAUAUAUAUAUAUAUAUAUGUGUGUGUGUCGUUCAGUGGGUAGAGUGGUCACCUAGGAGUCCGAGGGUUGCCAGUUCAAUCCGUGGCCUGUUGAGCUCGUGUCCAGGUGUCCCUGAACAAGACACCGAACCCCAAAUUGCCCCUGAUGGGUCGUGGUUGAGCGCCUUGCAUGGCAGCUUCUGCCUUCAGUGUGUGAAUGUGUGUGUGAAUGGGUGAAUGUGAUGUACAAUGUAAAGCACUUUGGGUAUCAUUCCAGAUACAGAAAAGCUCUAUAUAAAUACUGACCAUUUACCAUAUAUAUAUACACACACACACAUUAUUAUUAUUAUUGACAUUGCUAUUUCCCUCUAGGGUUAACAAAGUGUUUUUUAUUUCAUGUACAAGCUGGAACCUGACUCCUGGAGAUCUGACGCCUCUUUUUUUUUUUUUUAAUUAUUGAUUGAAUGAUAGUAUCUCCAGAUAUAUUCAGUGAUGUAUGGAUUUCAUUAGUCACUGUAUUGGUAAUAAUAAUAUGUGUUGUAUUUAACAUAAUCACUGUAAACUAAAAUGUAAUAAGAAAAACUACAUUUGAAUAAAUUGAA